AGCAAAUCUUCUCUUAAGUGGACUUACAUCCAAUCCAGUAGCUUCGUUUCGUUGUACAGAACAUGUCAGAAGCUGAGCGUCCCAAGGUCGGUGUUGGUGUCGUCAUUCACGAUGGUGCGGGCAACAUCAUCAUGGGCGAAAGAGCUGGAAGUCACGGCGCGGGUACCUUACAAUGUCCGGGCGGGCAUCUCGAGUACGGCGAGUCCUUUGCUGAAACAGCAGCAAGAGAAACUUUAGAAGAGACGGGUCUUAAGAUCGGAAACAUCAAGUUCCUAGUCGCUACGAAUGAUGUGUUCGGGGAAGGAAAGCACUACGUGACCAUCUUCGUGACUGCGGAGAUCACGGGAGAGAUCAAGGUUGCUCAGCCAAUGGAGCCGCACAAGUGUGCGAAGUGGGAGUGGAUACCAUGGAGUCAAAUGUGGGCGUGGGCGGGCGAGCAAGCCGAAGCCGAAAAGAACGGCACAGAGAUCAAGAAGCGUUUGUUCCUGCCGUUAGUCAAUCUGUGGAGAGAAUAUCCGGAGUUGAAGAAUGCGCUGGAUGGCAGAUAAUACAAAGUAGUAUGCGUGCGACGACGGAAUAGAACCACCUAUGCUCGACUCCAGCCUCUCUCCGUCGCACCUCUCCUAAUCUCGCGCCGUCAACCCCGCAUCUACUUCAUCCUCUGUAACCUUGACACAAAUCGAGCAGUUACAACUACAAUAUAUCCCAAGAUCACGACAUUCUGUACUCUGUGCCUCCCGACAUGCCGUACCUGCGGCAU